AUCUUCUCAGCUUCCACGAAUUUGUCCGAUUCUCUCUCUCUCUCUCUCUCUGUCUCUCUUUCUUUUUUUUUUCUUUUUCUUUCAUUCCUUUCCUCUCUCGUUUUCUAAUUUUUUUUUUCUUUUUUUAAUUUCUUUUUCUUAAAAAGCGUUCGCCUGCCGGCAUUCGCGAUUUCGCGUGAAAAUGUUGCGGAAGUUGUUGCUAUCGUUAGAGAUAUUUUUACUGAUUUUAUUCUAUUGUUGGGCACAAGACGAUCCAUGUACGGCACGUGCACCAAAGAAAUUGUCGAACGCCAUAGACGAUUGUAGAGCCGACAAUGCGACCGCAAAAGUGUGUAACAAUCGUGGCCAGUGCAUUUGUGGUUUUUGCGAGUGUUUUUAUCGAGCCGAUCCAACGGAAAAGAUUUAUGGGAAAUAUUGCGAGUGCGACAAUUUCUCAUGCGAUCGCGUCAAUUCACGGGUAAAUAUUCACGGCUGUGCAAUGGUCAUGGAAUUUGUGCAUGUGGUACCUGUCAUUGCUCAUCAGGAUGGACCGGUGCUGGUUGCGAUUGCAACACGUCCACAUCUGGUUGCAUAGAUCCAGAAAAUAGUGAUGGACUUUGUAAUGGUCAUGGAGAUUGCGUUUGCGGGGAAUGUAACUGUCGGGAGGAUCAAGAUGGAAGAUAUACCGGCAAAUAUUGUCAAAGAUAUAAAAAAAAAUGAAACUGAUUAACGACUGAAUUGAGAUCGAUUUCUUCGGAAAAUUUUUAUUUGUUUUUUUAUUUAUUUUUAUUUUCAUUUCUUUUCUUUUCUUUUUUAAAUAAAUUAUUCAUAAUAAAAAGGGAGAAGAAGACGUUUAAUAAAAUUACGCUCGUUUACAGAGACUUGAGAAAUAUAUUGAUAUUAGAUAAUAAUAAUAAUAAUAAUGUAUAUAUAUAUAUAUAUAUAUAUAUAGAGAGAGAGAGAGAGAGAGAGAUAGAGGAAGAAAGAAAGAGAGAUAAAAUAAUGAUAAUAUAUAAUAAUCGAUGCUGACGUACAUACAAUCUCAAUUUUGAUUAUAUCGAAUGAAAAUGUCAAACGAUUGUAAAUAGGAAGAAUAAACGAUAAGAUGCAAUUUUUUUUCUUCUUUUUUUUUUCAAUUUUUAAUUUUCAUUUUGAAAUAGUUUAAAAUACUUUUUUUUUAGCGAGUGACGAGAUUCUUUUUAUUUUAUUUUGGAAAAUUUAAGACAGGAGAGGAAGAAAGAAAGAGAAAGAAAGAGAAAGAAAGAGAAUGAGAAAGAGACAAAUCGUACUUGGAAAUACUUAGUUAGUGACACACUCCGAUCGUUUUAUCGCGGUAUCAUUUCCGUGAAAUACCGCAGUAUCCUUCCUUUUAGCUCGUUAGUCAUUUGCCGUACGUGAAAGUUUUUUCAACGGCCUCGGAAUAGUUCGCCUAUGCGAAUAAACGGCGAUAGGAACGUUAAACGAAACGACGAUGAGUCGUUUAGACGUUGCAACAGGCUUCUCUUUACAAAAUGUAUAUUAUUUUCUUCUAUUUCUUUUUUUCCUACCUUUCGUUAUUAUUUUAGUGUCAGCCGAACAAAAGGAUCCAGAUAGUCUUUGUGCCUCGCAAGAAACAUGCGGAAAGUGUUUGCAAACGUCAAAGUGUGUUUGGUGUUCGACGAAUGCUUUCGGAAUGAACGGACAAAUCGUACGUUGCGUUACGAGAGAUAAAUUUCGAAGGGAAGGUAAUUUAUGGUGUAAAAGGUCCGACGUGGUCGAUAUUGCAAAUACGAUGACUAUUUUGGAGAAUCUUCCUUUGUCAUCUUCCAAAGGACAAAAUCCGAUUCAAUUGCAACCACAACGAAUAAAAUUACGUUUGAGAAGAGACGAGGAACAUCGGAUUAUUUUGAAGUAUAGCCAAGCGGAGGAUUAUCCAGUAGAUCUUUAUUAUCUUAUGGAUUUAUCUGCCACGAUGGAAAAGUACAAAGAAAAAUUAUCGGAAUUGGCAUUGAAAUUGGAGGAGGCUAUGAGAAAAUUAACGUCGAAUUUUCUUCUUGGUUUUGGAAGUUUCGUCGACAAAGUUGUCCUACCGAUGAGUAAUACUCAUCCGAAAUGGUUGGAAAAUCCUUGUUACACGGGAUCCAGGUCGUUGAAAUUCUGUGCACCUUCGUACGGAUUCAAACAUGAAUUGUCUCUUACGGACAAUGUAACACUUUUCAAGGUUAAAGUGAUGGAAUCACCGGUUUCCGCAAAUCUUGAUUUACCCGAGGGUAGUCUCGAUGCUUUGAUGCAGGCGAUAGUUUGCACCAAUGAAAUUGGAUGGCGUGAGAAGGCUCGACAUUUGCUCGUUCUUUCGACGGAUGCUAGUUACCAUAUAGCCGGUGAUGGGAAAUUGGCUGGUAUAGUGGAACCGAACGAUUGUCAAUGUCAUUUGGACGAAGAAGGAUAUUAUACUCAUUCGCUUCUUCAAGAUUAUCCGUCCAUUGCUCAGAUCCAUAAAAAAUCUCGGGAGCAUAAUGUGAAUAUUAUAUUUGCCUCGCCACGAAAGAAACACACUAGGGUUUAUAAGAUUUAUCAAAAUUUAAGCGAAAUCAUCAGUGGAUCGUCCAUCGAUACGAUGGAGGGUAAAGGUCAGAACAUCGUUGCCCUUAUCAGCAGACAAUACGAGCAAUUAGUGAGUUCCGUGUCGAUGAUGGAUAAUAAACCGAGCUUUAUCGACGUUAAAUAUUAUUCGCGAUGUUUGAAUGCAACCGAAAAAUUAAUGGAAUGGCACGAAUGCGGAGGAUUACGUGUGGGUAACGUCAUCGAAUUCGAGAUAGUUCUGAAGGCAUUCGAGUGCCCGACGAAUCUUGCUGAACGACAACAAAUAUUGCAAAUAAGACCACGGGGAAUAAAUGAGAGCUUGAUCGUCGAAAUAGAGAUUAUUUGUGAUUGUCCUUGCGAGAGGAAAGAAAAGACUGAGUUGAAUUCAUCGGAAUGCAGAGAAAGAGGCACGUUGACUUGCGGUAUAUGUUCCUGCAAUGAAGGUUUUUACGGGAAACAAUGCGAAUGCGAGGGACAUGAGUUCGGUUUGGGUAGUCAGAACGUAACGGAAGAUUGCAAGGCAAGCAACACGAGCACUGAGAUUUGCAGCGGUCACGGAGCUUGCAAAUGUGGUGUAUGCAAUUGCGCGAAGCGCCAGAACCCGCAGGAAGUCUUUUAUGGGAAGUACUGCGAAUGCGAUAACUUCUCUUGCAAACGAAGCGGAGAAGAGGUCUGCGGCAAACACGGUAAGUGCGAAUGCGGUAGGUGCAAUUGCCGGCCAGGUUUUAGCGGCGAAACCUGUGAUUGCAAAGAGACCAACAGCACGUGUAUUCCGCCCUCGAGAGAGAACGCAGAGAAAAGCUUGACGAUUUGCAGUGGCCGUGGCGACUGCAUCUGUGGAAAAUGCCACUGUCACGAGAAGGAUAAGAUUCGAUAUUCUGGAAAUUUUUGCGAGGAGUGUCCGAAUUGUCCCGGUCAGAGAUGCGAGGAACUGAAAGAUUGCGUCGAAUGUAUGGCUUAUGGAACUGGUCCAUUGGCGAAAAAUGGAACUUGCGACUGCUCCUAUCAAAUCGAUAUUGUAGACGUUGUGAAAGAAGAUCCUGAAAACGAUUAUAAAUCGGAUGUUCAUUUUUGUCGUACCGACGGUGACCAAGGUUGUUUCUUUGUUUUCAAAUACGAGUAUGUAGGUAAAGAUAAUACGAUUAAGAUCCUAGCGCAAAAGGAGAGAGAAUGUCCCGUACCAAUCGACGUUUUAGCCGUUUCACUGGGCGUCGUAUUAAGUACGAUAUUUCUAGGCUUAUUAAUUAUUUUACUAUGGAAGAUAUACACAAUGAUUCAUGAUAAAAGAGAAUUCGAAAAAUUUCAAAGAGAGUGUAUAUUGGCCAGAUGGGAUCGUGGUGACAAUCCUCUCUAUAAGCAGGCAACGUCAACUUUUAACAAUCCUACGUUCAGUGAAAAUAUGUAGGAUAAUAUCAUGAUAGGAAUCGAUAUAUUUUAAGAAUGAAUGACUAAUCUAGAGAAGAAGAAAAAACAAAAAGAAAAACAAAAACAAUAAGAAAAAAGAUUUGUAACCAUCUGAAAAUGUUGCAUAUGUUUUAUACACACUCAUGCACACACAUAUAUACAUAUACAUAUAUUUAUAUAUCGCGUUCACUCGAAUGCAUAUAUGCAUGCAAGUUUGGUGCAUUCCGACAACUAGCGCCACCGUAUUGGAAGCGGAACUGCAAGCAGAACUACAGGCGCCAUGUUGUUUAAUUGACGGCUAAUGAGCGAGCCAAUCAGGCGACGACGCUGGGCGUCCUCGGCUUCGUUUCUUGUGUUAAACGAGCAAGACUCUUCUCUUCUUUUUUUCUCUUCAUUUUUUUCUUAUCCUUCUACUUCUCUGUCUCUCUCUCUCUCUCUCUUUUUUUUCUUUUCUUAUUACACUAGAAAAGAAUAUUUCUAUUUCUCUUCCUCUCUCCUUCUCUUUCCUUUGCUUUUAUCUUAUUGAAUCCCCACCAUUAUAUUUUCGUGCUUCGUUACAUUACAGGAUAAAUUCCGAAAAAAAAUGUCUAAACGAAGGGUUAGGUUCUUCCAUCGAGAGAAACGUGAAACGAAGGCGAUCGCUCGUAAAUCAGUUUUAAAUUUGAUCGAGCCUUCCUUUCGAAAGAAGAAAAGAAAGAAAUGAGAGAGAAAGAGAAAGAUAGAGAAAGAAAGAGAUAGAUCCUGACUCCUCCUGAGAGUUCGAUUGUUUCGAAUAUCCUCUGGCCUCGUACUUUAUUGCCAUGCCUGACUCGAGGAGGGCAACCACGUAAGGAGCUCGUAAAUUCGUCACCAGACUUGGCUCCCGCUGCAAAAGCCCUGAAGGGACUCGAACCACCCUAUAAGAUAGUACUUAUUUCUUCUCGAGUAGUCAGAAAGCUAAAGCUCUGACCACAUUGAGAUACCUACGACUUGAUUAGCCAUCACUACUCGAAAGAUUACCGUCGGCCAUUUUUCUAUAUUCUUUCUUUUUUCCCUUUCCUUUUCUUCUUCUUCUUCUUCUUCUUCUUUUUUAAUCUUUUUUUCUUCUUUUUAUUUAUUUUUUAUUUCUUUUUUAUUUUUAUCAAUCUCCCUCGACCCCAGCAGAAUAAAAUUCAAGAUGAAUUGAAGAAAAUUAUACACUUUUCAAACGCAUCCCACUAUAUCUUUUCCCGUGUUCCUUUCUAUCUCGUUCUUUCUCAUCUCAUUGGCAUAACUUUAUUUGUUGCUCCCUGGCCAUCAAUCACCGCGCCUUUAACGCCUCGUAAAGAGUAGAAAACGUGCCGUUUGAAAUGGGCAGUGCCACGCCUUUUAGCUCUGUUCCAUGUGCCACGGAGAGCAACGGCGAACGUCAUUUGGUUGACUUACGUUCGCAAAUGGAGAUCGGGUUGAUGAGUCGGCGAGUAAUUAACCGCUUCGCUUCCAUCUUGAAACAUUUGCGAAUCUUUUUUCCUUUCCCUUCUCUACGUGUUUUCAUUCCUUCUUUUUCUUCCUUUCCCCGUAGUUUUCAGUUUAAAAAGAAAUUCAGUUUCACGUAAACAAUUUUUUUCCUUUCAAUCGUAGCUGCCUACUUUGAAGAGAGAAAAAAAAAUAAAUAAAAAGAAAAGAAAGAAGAUAUAGAAAAGCGCACGUUUCAAUACACUACACGUUGGUUAAAUUUCGAAGGGAAAUAAAAGGAAUCGAAGUCGCGAAGACAAGUUUGGUAAUAAAAAAUGUUAGAAGCUAACUGGGGUUGCUUGUGGAAUACGAAGAAAGAUAGAAAGAGUAGAAAGCAGAGAGAUCCCCGGCGUACACUAAAUCACCGCCGCACGUCCGUUUCUUUACAUUGUAGAGAUUUUAUUGAUUAUUUUACGGCCGGGAACAUUGUAAAUCUCUUCAUCCAGCGUCGGUUGCCCUCACGAAGCCUAGCCAUGCUAAGCUGCCCCGAUCGGGCGCCCAUAGCGCCAAUUAUGCGAGUCCGCGAGCAUUGCUCGCUGUCUUCCCCUCUUCUUUUUCUUCUUCUUCUUUUUAUUUUUCUUUUUGUUCCUCCUCCUCCUCCUCCUCCUCCUCUUCUUCUUCUUCUUCUUCUUCUUCUUCUUCUUCUUCUUCUUCUUCUUCGAUAUGGCGGAUCGCGAAAUACCUUAGAUCGCAGCAGAGUUAGAGAUCGCACAAGUAUUUUUCCUCGAUGAAAAUCUAUAUUCUCAAGGUAUUAAGAUACUUAUUAAAAUUUUCCAACAUAUAAACUCGAUACAUUACGAAAGAAAAAAGAAAGAAAAAAAAGAGUCGCUUCCUCGUUCGAUAUUACAUAAAUUAUCUUUAGAAAUAAUUAUGUGGAAUAAUCAAAGUCUUCUUUCUUUCUUUCUUUCUUAUUUUUUUAAUCGUACGAAACAACAGCGGCGCUGUUCGAAUAUUUUAUCUCUUCUUUUUCGUCGUCGAUAAAAAUCGCGUUUGGAAAGAAACAAGAAUAAUAUUUGUAAAAACGAUUUUAGCCGAGGGUGCUCGUGAGAAAGAACCAUGUACGAAAAGAGUACCAAAAAAAAAAAAAGAAGAAAAGAGAGGGGAAAAAAAUAAGAAAAAAGAACAAAGAAAAAAAAAAGGAAUCGUCUCGUUACGGUGAUAAAACCCAUACGUACAUAGACGGAGAUACCGUAGUAGUUUACACGGUCGUGAAACGAGCGAAGGCGACAGGUAUCUUUGAAAGUUGAUUUAUGCCGCGCGCGCCUUCGGUCGGUACGUUUUACCUUUCGUCUCGUUCGCAGAACAAUGUUGUUCGUUUUCGCGGCCGCUAAUGACCGACGCCGGUGCCUUAAUUAGAACCAAAUACGGGCCAAUCAGCCCCCGGGGCUGCUGAGGCCUGUGUAUUCGUCGCCUUCGUUUCGAGCUUUCGAGUUGAAACCAAGCGAACUUGUUCGAACCGGCUUCUUUAACUCUUUCCUUGUGUAAACUUCCUACGUAUUACCUAUGUAUAUUUUAACGAUCGACAAGAAGAAAAAAAACGAGGACAGAAAAAGAAAAAAGAAAGAGAGAAAGAGAGAGAGAGAGAGAGAGAGAGAGAGAGAGAGA